AUGGCAACCCCAAUCUACUCCCCUUCUCCGCGCCUCGACCGCUUCCAGCAAUCCCUCGAAUCCAUCUACGGCCCCUUCUCCAGCAUCCCAGACCCAAGCACAUGGACACCGCCGCCCAAAUCCGGCGGCCACCGCGGCCGCUACCUCUGGACAGAUGCCUACGGCGUGCUGAACCUGCUCACCAUGCACCGCGAGUACACGGCCACUCUGGACCUCACCACUAAUACUUCCGAAAAGGAGAAGAACCGGUAUCUCACGAUGGCGGAGCGGUUGGUGGAGACGGUGCAUGAGGUGCUCGGACGGACGAGGGAUGGGAAGAGGCGCUUACCCGGCGCGAGCGAGGAGAAUGUGGUUGGUGGGGGGUUGAGGAUUGGGAAGGAGGAGGAGAGCGGGAUGGAUGGGGAUGGGCAGUAUCAUCAUUAUUUGACGGUGUGGAUGUUUGCUUUGAACAGGUUGUCCAUGGCGACUGGAGACGGGAGGUAUAAUCGGCAGGCUGUGGCGCUGGCGAAGGCGAUUCAUCCGCGGUUCUUUGUGAAUCGGAAAUCGAGUCGGCCAAGGAUGGUGUGGAAGAUGGCGAUGGAUUUGUCGGCCCCGUUGGUACAGUCGGAGGGGAAUUUGGAUCCGAUUGAUGGGUUUGUUGUUUUUAGGCUUUUGCAGGCUGCUGCUGUGAAGUUUGAUGGGGAGGAGAGUGAGGGGGUGUUGAGUGAGGAGAUUGAUGAUUAUCGAAGGGUGAUGGCUCGUAAGGGAGAGCAUUUUGUGUCGAGUGAUCCGUUGGAUUUGGGGAUGACGCUUUGGACUGCGCAUUGGUUUUCUGAGCGCGAGGAGUGGGCGGCUAGACUCGCGGGACGGUGUUUUGAGCAGCUUUGUAUGCCCCUCCUUUCUUUUCCUUCCCCCAUUUCUGCCAUCCCAGCUAAUGAAGUAGACGACCUCUUCGAAAUAAACCGCUACCUUGAACGAAAUGUCAAAUACCGGCUCGCCUUCCGCGAAUUCGGCACCGCUCUCGGCGCGCAGUGCCAGUCGCAUCAAUCCACCGAGAAAGACCGUGCCGUGGAUCUUAAGAACUACGCCGAUGCUAUUAUCACCGCGUGGGAUCCGUAUAUGGAGUUGACGCUGGGGUCGGAUUUGAUGCAUGAUGAUCUAAGGCCGAUCACGAGGGUUAUGUAUGCCACUGCUUUGGUUCCGGGAGCUUUUCAAUAUGGGUAUUUUGGUCCGGAGCCUAAGUCAACACUUGAGAAAUAG